CAGACGUCACUAACCUGGUGACAGUCUGCCAAGUUUCAUUAUCAAUCGUCCUUGCUGGCAAUCCGUAAACAUACAUUAUUGAGUCUGUUUAAUAUUUUUAAUUUAUCCAUUUUGUAAUUAACUCGCCUUCGAAAUGGAGGUUGAAGAGUACACUCCUUCCGAUUCGUUUUCCUUACAAAAGAAGUUGUACUUUCUCAACGAACAACUGCAGAUCAUGGCGAGGGACUUGCCAUGGAAGAUUCAACAAAGGAUUCCCAACGAGUUGUUAUGCGCGCUUGCUGAAUCUCUCCUCGACAACACCGUGUUCCGGAUAGUCAACACUUUGAUGGAUAUACAGCAUGUCACUGAGAAGCAGAUAUUUCACCAGAGACUACAAGUGACUUAUAAUCAAACACUCGAGAUACAAAAUAUGAUCCUUAAACACCAAGACACUGCCGUGCAGUUUGCCAACACUCAGACACUGAAGCUUAAACACAAAAUAGAGCUGAAAGAAUUUGAUAAGAAAUCUAUUCAGCAAUUGGACGAAAAGCUUCAUGACCAGCAGAGGUUUCUGGAAAAAGCCGGAGUCCCCGGGUUUGAGGUGACCGACAACCCGAUGCAAAUACAAGUUCAGAUCAGGCUUUUAGAUUUCAUCCUUCGCCUCAGUAGAAUGGACCUCCCAGAUUGUUAAUGACUUUUUCGUCAAAUAAACUUUUUUGCUACAUAUAUUUUUGUAAUGGACCUCUGUAUUAUUAUAUUGUAAAUAUUUUAUAUGAAAUGUAAAUAAAAAUAUGAUUGUU